CCUGCACGCAUACCCAGAGCUCCUCCCUCUCUCUCUGUCUGCUGUGCUCAGAUAAUAGCGACACCUCCUUUCCUCUCCCUCGAGGUGUCUCUCCCAGAACGCACAGCACAGUCGCAGAACAGGAAGGCAGAGAGCAGCGCCGCGAUGAGAGGAGGAGGAGCGGGGCCCACUGCGGCGUUCAUGUCCGACGAGCCGCCUCCAGCCGACGCGGAAGAGGUGGAGGAGAACUCCGGCGCCGAGGAGGAGGACGAGGAGACGGUGGUGGAGCAGGACGACGACGAGCUGGAGCUGGGGCUCUGCCUCGGCUCCAAGCAACAGCAGCAGCAGCAUCCGCCGCCGUGCCGGAUCCUCACGGCCCGGGACCUGCAGCCGAGGUCCCUGUCACCGGAUUCCUCCGUGUCCUCUUCCUCCCCCGCGGCAGGUGCAGGUACCGCGGCGCCAAGCAAGAGGGCCAAGGCGGAUGCGGCGCCCAACUCGCCAGGGACGGUCGCGUCUGGCCACCCACAGAGCAGCUUUGGAGUGGUGGGAUGGCCACCCAUAAGAACUUUCAGGAUGAACAGCCUAUUUAACCAGGCCAAAGAGAAUGCAUCGGAGGCUGGCGCCAAGAAGCCCAUCGUCGAACCUGACAUGCAGGAAGACAAGGAGGAGAGCAAGAAAGGCCGGACCGUCGGUUGGGUGAAGGUGAACAUGGAAGGAGAUAUCAUUGGAAGGAAGGUCGAUCUCAAUGCCCAUCGCUCUUACAAGACCCUUGCCUCAGCACUUGAGCUCAUGUUCAUGAAGCCGUCCAUUGGUCUUUGCACUUCUAGCAGUUCAAAGACUCUAAAGCUAUUAGACAGCUCAUCGGAGUAUCAGCUCACCUAUGAGGACAGGGACGGGGACUGGAUGCUUGUUGGAGAUGUUCCCUGGGAGAUGUUUGUAGGUUCAGUGAAGAGGCUCAAGAUCAUGAGAACCUCAGACGCCAAAGGUCUCGGUCCACGAUUCCAAGGGUCUCACAGACCCACAGCAGCUUGCACGAGAGGCAGGACGUGAAACCACCGAUGUGCGUUUGGUGCUAACACCGCUGGUGAAGCUUGAACUGUAUUUGAUAUCACGUAACAGUAACAGCAGCCCAUAUCGCUGGCAUAGUUGUGAGAUUACGGGGCUGUUUGGUUUACUGUCUAAGGCGCCACAACAUGGCUAACUUUUAUGUCUAAGUUUAGUUCUUCAAUUCGAACGACUAAACUUAGGCAACUUCAUUGUGUCUAGUGGAAAUAGUAGAAGUUUUUUUUUUUGCUUCUUCCCUGUGGUGCCCUCGUUGAGCUUUUCUUAUGGGCUAUACGAGCAUCAUCGCCCCCAGCUCUUCUGUCCACGCUGUUUACCUGUGAGGAAUGGUCGCCCAAAGUGUUGGUUUUUAUCCUUGUGUUUGAUAUGGCAGAAGUAUCUGCUCUGCUGUUUCAUAUCUGUGUUCAUAUCUGAA